GAGAAGAAAAAAGAUUAGCAAAUCUUCAGUAGUGGUUGUUGAAGUUAAAACAAAAGGCUUUUAUGUUAAGAUUCUGCUAGCAACAGGAAACUGAUUUCGUGUUGACAGGAUUUACACUUAAAGAGAGACCUGAACCCUUGCUGAAACUAAGAUGCAAAAACCAAAGGAUGUGACCACACGCGGCACAGCUGUGAGACCCUCUGUGCAGAUUAUGGGUACGAGUGCCAGUGCAACUUCCCAGGCUGCUCCGUUUGCACCUACACACCAGGCCGAUCACCAAGGGAACGUCAUGGCUGAGCACAGACGCUCACUACAGUCGGUGAACAUUCGCAACAGCAAAGCCAAAUCCAUCAUCACAAACAAGGUGGCCCCUGUUGUCAUCACAAAUAACUGCAGGGAAGAGUUUCAGAUUCAUGACAAGAUCCAAUCUGCCAACUACUCAAUGGGAAGGAUAUCUGACCUGUUGCCGGAGCACUACCUAGUGCUGGGGGAGUUUUUUAUGGUACAGGAUGUAUACAAUAGAGCUGAUGUCUUAAAUACUACAAAAAUCCAUGGGGCCCCCAACUUCCGCAAGGUCAAGGGAAACUACCCCCUUUUUGGAAUGGGCCAACCUAGCCUGAAUGGUUUCAAACAGGUCCUCCAGAGAUUGCAGAUUGAUGGCUGUGAGGAGGUGAUUUUCAUCUGUGUGAGGGAGGAACCAGUGGUCUUCUUCCGCUCAGAUGGAGACUUUAUUCCGUACACUCCCAGAGGAAGAGAGAACCUACAGGAGAACCUGCAUGACCUAGACAGAGAGCUCAGCCCAGAGAAAAUAGAGCUCUCCAUCCGGAAAGAGUUGUGUGACUUUGCAAAGCUGAGUGAAAAUAUGUUCUAUGUCUAUAAUGACAUUGAGCAUUUUAAAGAUGAACCUCAGCAGGUUCAGAUUCUGUCAGAGGAGGACAUUCAUGUCACUGAGGAGGUCUACAAAAGACCACUUUUCAGUCAACCACUGCACAGAUAUUACAGAUUGCCGCUCCCAAUGGAAGGGGCCCCACUGGAGGAGACAUUUGAUGCCUUUGUUAAUAUACUCAGGGUGACCCCAAACCUCUCUUUGAUGCGGGACAGCUCCAGACCUCUGCCUGCACUGCUUUUCAGCUGCCAGGUGGGGGUGGGACGCACCCAUCUUGGCUUAAUCCUGGGAGCCAUAGUCUUCCAUCACCUGCAGGGGGCAUCAGAGAGCCCCAGGCAAGAGAUACAGAAGAGUGAACACAAAUUGGAUUUCCAAGUGAUUAAGUUGCUAAUCAGUCGCCUACCUAAAGGUCAUCAAGUCCUUGAUGAGGUUGAUGAUGCUAUUGCCAUGUGCUCUGAGAUGCAUAGUAUAAAAGAUGCUGUGUAUGAAAACAAACUGAAGAUUGAAGGCAUUGGCGAAGAUGACCAGAUUCAAGGAAACAGCACAAAAGGCUAUUUUCUGCAAAGUCUUGAACGCUAUGUGUACCUCCUAGUAUUUAAUGCAUAUCUUCACGAUCAGUAUCCACAGGCAUUUCCUCAGAGCUUCAGUCAGUGGCUGUGUAUGAACGCUUGGAUCUACAGGCUGCUGGCCAGCAUGGAUAGCUCUGAACUCUCAGCACCAGCCAGCCUUAUAACUGAUGGGAUUCGAGUUCUGGUGUCCAGUCAGUUUUUAGCAACAGAUCUGCUCAGUACAGCCAAAGAGAUGAAAGUGGCCAAUUUCAGACGUGUUUCCAAAAUGGCUCUAUAUGGGAUGGCCCAGCCAAACUCUGAGGCUCUGGCUGUCGUGAUGUCCUACCUGACAGACCAGAGGCGAGGGCACUCUACAAUUCUCUGGCUGAAUCUGCAGGAGGAGCUUGUGCUGGAGGCAAACGGACAAAUGUUCACCCCACGAGAGCCAGGCUGUCUGGAACAGCUUAUUCCAGUCUGUGUUCAACAUCCACAGAAGCUCCAGGAAAUGGAGCUGGCACUGAAGCAGGACAUCCUGAGGUGUGAGAAAUGGCUGGAGGUGAUUACAGAGCAGGAUAAACAGAUGAGGAUGUUUAAGAGUUGUCACACCAUUGAGGAGCUCUUUGUCCAUCGGAAGAGUGUUCAUCCAGUUCUCAGCUACCAACGGAUUCCCCUGUCUGACUGUUGCGCACCUAAAGAAGAGGUUUUUGACCAGUUGUUGGAGGCCAUGAAAAGCAGUCUGGCUGAAGACACCAACUGUGCUCUCAUCUUCAACUGUCAUGAUGGGAAAGACCGAACUACUGCAGCCAUGGUCAUCGCCACUCUCACCCUGUGGCACAUUAAUAUUAAGAUGGCUAAAUCAGAGGCUGAUGCUCAGGGGUUGCGGUUAAGGAGCCUGCAGUACCUCGAGCGUUACAUUUAUCUCAUCCUGUUCAACUGCUACCUCCAUCUGGAGAAGAAAGACUCCUGGAGGCGAUCCUUCAGCCAGUGGAUGUACCAGGUGGCGGCUAGAGCUGGUGUGUAUACCAUCCUCAACCAUCUGGGCUUUUCUGAGUUUGAAAACUCUGACGACUCUCCGAUGGCAAGGUUCCGUUUCCGCUGGCUCCCACACAGUGUCCAGUUUAUUCCCAUGCGAGGGCAACUUAUUUAGAAAGGCACAGUAUGUCGAACUAAAUACUGACUCACAUUUCAUAAAUAUUUUUUUAUUACAAUUUCUGUCAGACUCAUUAAAUCAAGUGAUUUAAUGCAUCAUGUUAUCUUAUUUACAUUUUUGACUCUAUCUUUAGCUCGGCAGUGUUAUGUUUUGUCCUCGUAAAAUAUAAGACAACAAACACAGAAAAUUGUUAACCUAAUAAACCACACAUUCAUGCUAAUGAAAGUUUUAAUGCUGACCUUUAAAAGGUACAUUUGCACACUGUUAUAAAAAUGUCACCUCAUUUGUAUAUAAAACAUUUAAUUAAUUGAGAUUUUACUUAAUGUGACGGUCUUCCUGGAUGAUAAUUUGCAUUCAUGUACAUGUAAAUGUUUGU